UCCCUGCGCAUGCUCCUCCUACCGGUCAUACUCCAUCUAAACUGGGUGCUAUUUACCCCCUUGAUGACCUCCAAACCACCUCCAAGUCCUUUUGCGCCUCUCCUCUUUAUCUCACACCCUAUACCUUCCCCCCCCGGUAAUCCCGAUGAUCACCGCUAUCGGAAAGGCUGGCUCGAUCUCGCAUUUCUUGCCUACCAUAUCGUCUUUUUCUCCUUCAUUCGUCAGGUCAUCACUAUCAAACUCUGCCGUUCAGUUGCUCGCCGCUUUGGUAUACGCACGGAAGGAAAGCUGGCACGAUUCGGAGAGCAGGGGUAUGCUAUGAUAUAUUUUGCAUUUUUCGGCGCUUGGGGUCUGCGUAUCAUGUCCCAGCUCCCAACCUGGUGGUACAGAACUGACAAUUUUUGGAUCGACUACCCCCACUGGGACAUGAAACCUGAAUUGAAGCGCUAUUAUCUUAUGCAGGCAGCCUAUUGGUGCCAACAGCUCAUCGUGCUGGUGCUCAAACUGGAGAAACCAAGAAAUGACUACAAAGAGCUCGUCGCACAUCAUUUUGUCACUCUUUGGCUUGUUGGGUGGAGCUACUUAGUCAACCUGACGCUCAUUGGAAACGCUGUCUACAUGUCCAUGGAUAUUCCUGACACGUUCCUCGCAUUCUCUAAGCUUCUGAAUUACAUGGGCUUCGACAUACCGAAAACUGUCUCGUUCAUUGUGUUCCUCGGCGUUUGGACUUACUUCCGACACUAUCUCAACAUUGUUAUGCUUUGGUCAGUGUGGACCGAGUUCGACCUUAUCCCGUACGUCUUCCGUCCUUUGGAUGGCGUAUGGUUGGCUCCGUGGUUCAAACUGCAAAUCUUCAUCCCCAUCUUCCUGCUCCAAUGCCUUAACUUAUUCUGGUACUACCUCAUCCUUCGCAUUCUUUUCCGUACCGUGUUUUAUAACCAAACAACGGAUGUACGAUCCGACGAUGAAGACGACGGCGAAGAUGACGACGACACGAAAGACGACUGA